GCUACCUUUGCAAGCAAAAUGAAAUCCUCAGCCUUCUUUAUUUCCCUUGUUUGGCUCCUCAUUUCAUCAGGGCAUGUAAGUGCAUGCACAUUCUACAUUAGCAACAAUUGCCCAUUCCCCAUAUGGCCCGCCACGGCCCCCAACACGGGCCACCCCAUCAUCGCGGGAGGCGGCUUCCACCUCCCGCCCGGCCGAACCCACAAAUUCCCCGCCCCGGGAGACUGGUCGGGCCGGAUCUGGGCCCGAACCGGAUGCAAUUUCAACGCCGCCAACAACCAACCCGCCUGCGAAACCGGCGACUGCGCCGGCAAACUCGAGUGCGGCGGCGCCAUCGGUCUCCCGCCGGCCACUCUCGUCGAGUUCACUCUUCAGGCCGACAAGCGGAAGCCGAGCUUCUACGACGUCAGCGUGGUGGACGGCUACAACCUCCCCGUGGCCGUCUCGACGCGGCCCUCUGACGCGAAGUGCGGCAUCGGAGGGUGCGUGAGGGAUGUGAAGGCGGCGUGCCCGGAGGAACUGCAGGUGAGGAACCGGAGAGGGGAGGUGGUGGCGUGCAAGAGCGCGUGCUUGGCUUUCGACGUCGACGCGUUUUGUUGCCGGAACGAGUAUGGGAGUCCGGCCAAGUGCAGGCCUAAUGAGUACUCCAAGAUGUUCAAGCGCGCCUGCCCGGCGUAUGUUAGCUACGCUUUCGACACGCCGUCGCCGCUUGUCAACUGCCCUUCGGAUGUUUAUGUUGUCACUUUUUGUCCCGGUGGUGUCGCCGCCGCGGAAUAGAGGUUAUUGCAUACAUGGUUGUGGUCGAAGUUAGUACUAAUAAACAUGAAACAAAUAGAGUAGUACUUGUUCUCUUGUAAUACUACUAAGAUUAAAAAGCUACUACAAAUUGAGUUUAUUAUUAUAUUGUUGAAAUGAAUUUUAAAAUAUGGAUCUCA